AGCAACGAAAGAUUGUCGCAGACGCCGCGAAAGCAUCAGCUGGUGUGCAUCUAUAAAGUUUGUCAUCUAAUCAAAUAAAUAAAUAAAAAACUAUUUUUUUAUUACUCAUUUUCGUAUUAUAAAUAAAAAGUAAAUAUCGUCUAAUACCCCUGUCACAGUAGCACAUAAACAUAAAAAACAAAAAACAACAACAAAAAAACAUAAAUAAAAAAUUUUAUUUAAAUAAAUAUUAUUAACAAAAAUUGCAAUGGACGUCACAGUACCUGUUGCUCAAAAAUCAUCAUCAUUUUCAUCAAUUGAAUCAUCAACAUUAUCACCACAUCUCCCAGAUUCACCAUAAUAAUUAUCUAACAAAAAAAAAAGUUAAUUCAUCACGUGUAUGUGUGUGUUGUGUGUUUUUAUAAUUACAUAAAUAUAUUUUUUUAUACUGUUAAAUGAUUUAUCAUUAUUUUGUGUUUUUCAAAGUGCACCAAGUGUUAUUAAAUUAAUUUUUUUAAUAAUGGAGAAAUUGUGUGAAACCGAUGAAGCAUUUGUCAAAAAUCGAUUUGCAUCAACGUCUAUUGAUAGCAAUGGCGUUGAUAAUGGAAUACGUGAUAGUAUUAAAACAACAAAUCAACAAAAUAUACAACAACAACAACAAUAUAAUAAUAAUAAUUGUCAAUCAUCAUUGGGAAGUCUUGGUAGACCACACACAAGAAAUGGCAGUGUUAGAUCAGUACCAAGACAACCAAUGCCUGAUCCUGGUGAGCUUGAAAGGCGUUUCACCAAAGUUCUAGCCUCGAUGGAUUUACCACCAGACAAGGCUAAAUUACUAAAGCAGUAUGACAACGAAAAAAAAUGGGAUAUAAUAUGUGAUCAAGAAAGAGUACAAGCUAAAGAUCCACCAUCUCAUUAUCUAGCUAAGUUGAGGACUUAUCUGGAUCCAAAAGCUUCAAGAAGUCAUCGAUCGUAUCGUUUCCUUACAUUCUUUCAGAAAAGAAAAAUGGUUGGUCCAUCAACAUCAACACAAGUAUUGAGGGAUUUAGAAAUUUCAUUACGUACAAAUCACAUCGAAUGGGUUCGUGAAUUUUUGGAUGAAGAAAAUCAAGGAUUGGAUGCUUUGAUUGAUUAUUUGAGUUUUAGACUUUUGAUGAUGAGGCAUGAACAGAGACUUUCUGAAACAAAACAACAAUCAGAUGAGACACUUCAAACAAGUGUUAUUGUUGAAACAACACCAUUAAAUAAUGGCUGUUUGAGGCCACCUCUUCAUGAUAUGAUUGACAGUCCACUAGUAAGAAGACGUUCAAGACAUGUUGCUAGAUUAAAUAUGGGUGAAGCUAAGGAUGAUAUACACGUAUGCAUUUUAUGUAUGCGUGCUAUUAUGAAUAAUAAGUAUGGUUUUAAUAUGGUCAUUCAACAUCGAGAAGCUAUAAAUUGCAUUGCACUAUCCUUGAUCCACAAAAGUUUAAGGACAAAAGCACUAGUCUUAGAAUUAUUAGCAGCAAUAUGUCUUGUUAAAGGUGGACAUGAAAUAAUUCUAUCAGCAUUUGAUAAUUUUAAAGAAAUAUGUAGUGAACAUAAACGUUUUGAGACACUUAUGGCAUAUUUUACACAAUAUGAUAAUUUUCAUAUUGAAUUUAUGGUUGCAUGUAUGCAAUUUGUAAAUAUUGUUGUACAUUCUGUUGAGGAUAUGAAUUUUCGGGUACAUUUGCAAUAUGAAUUUACAAAACUUGGACUUGAUGAGUAUCUUGAAAAAUUAAGACAUACAGAGAGUGAAGAUUUGCAGGUACAAAUUUCCGCUUAUCUGGAUAAUGUAUUUGAUGUAGCAGCAUUAAUGGAAGACAGUGAAACAAAAACAGCAGCAUUAGAAAAAGUUGCUGAAUUAGAAGAUGAACUUGGUCAUACACAUGAUAGAAUGAAUGAAUUGGAACGUGAUUCAAUGGCAAAAUUAGCUGAACUUGAAACUGAUUUAAGUGCAAUUAAAAUUGAAUAUUGUGAUUUAUUAGAAUCUAAAAGAAUAAUUGAAGAUGAAUUAGCAGCAUUAAAAAGACAAAGUCAAGAUUCAGCAAGACGUGAAAGUGUAUUAGAAAGUAAAAUUCAUGAAUUAGAAACAUUAACCAAAGGUACAACAAUUGCUAGUUUAAGAAAUGGUAAUUCAGGAAUAUCACCAACAUCAGUUAACAUUGUAUCAUCAACAGUAUCAAGUAUUAAUGGUUUACAAAAUGAUAAUACAAUACAAAAAAUAACAACAACAGCAGUAGCACCUCCACCACCUCCACCUCCACCACCGCCACCACCAACAGGGCUAUUAACAUCAUCAGGACCACCACCACCACCUCCUCCACCACCACCAAUGUCAUCAAUGACAUCAUGUGGUGAUAAUAAAAUACCACAAUGUCCAACAGUACCAAUACCACCACCACCAGCUGGUAUGAUGCAAGCACCAAAUGGUGCUAUGACAAUAAAACGUAAAGUACAAACAAAAUAUAAAUUACCAACAUUAAAUUGGGUACCAUUAAAACCAAAUCAAGUUAAAGGUACAAUAUUUAAUGAACUUGAUGAUGAUCGUUUACAUAAUUAUAUUGAUUUUAUUGAUUUUGAAGAACGUUUUAAAAUUGGUAUUGGUGGACAUAUUGCAAAUGGUACUAGUGAUAUUGAUGGAUUACAAACAUUUCCAAGUAAAAGAUUUAAAAAACCAGAAAAUAUAUCAUUACUUGAACAUACUAGAUUACGUAAUAUUGCAAUAUCAAGAAGAAAAAUGGAUAUGCCAAUUGAAAAAAUAAUAACAUCUGUUAAUGGUCUUGAUUUAAAAGCUUUAUCACCAGAAAAUGUUGAAUCAUUACAAAGAAUGGUACCAUCUGAACAAGAAAUAAAAGCAUAUCGUGAAUAUAUUAUUGAAAAAAAAAAUGUUAAUUUAUUAACUGAAGAGGAUAAAUUUUUAAUGCAACUUGGUAAAGUUGAAAGAAUAUCAACAAAAUUAUCAAUUAUGAAUUAUAUGGGUAAUUUUGUACAUAAUUUAAUAGCAGUAUCACCACAAAUUGAAUAUAUUACAACAGCAUCAAAUUCAGUUAAAUCUUCAAAAAAAUUACGUUCAGUAUUAGAAAUUGUAUUGGCAUUUGGUAAUUAUUUAAAUAGUAGUAAACGUGGUCCGGCAUAUGGUUUUAAAUUACAAAGUUUAGAUACCCUAUUAGAUACAAAAUCAACUGAUAAAAAAAUGUGUUUACUUCAUUAUAUUGUUGCAACAAUACGUCUUAAAUUUCCUGAACUUUUAAAUUUUGAAUCUGAACUUAUGAAAAUUGACGAAGCAGCAACAGCAUCGCUUGAAAAUAUAAAAAGUGAUGUUAAAGAACUUGACAGAGGAAUGGAACAAGUACGAAAAGAAUUUGAAUUACGUGGUAAAGAAAAAAAUAAUACUGUAUUACAUGAUUUUUUAAAAAAUUCGGAGGAUCAAUUAAGACGACUUAAAUCAGAUGAACGAAUUGCUAAUGAAGCAUUUCAUACAUGCGUUGAAUUUUUUGGUGAAAGCACUAUACAAGUUGAUGCCAAUACAUUCUUUUCUCUUUUAGUUAGAUUCGCGCGAGCUUUUAAGGCUGCGGAUCAAGAAAAUGAAAGAAGACGAAGAUUGGAAGCAGCUGCUGCUGAGGCAUUUAAUACCUCUGAAGAAGUUAUUAAAAGAAAUAAACUCAAUCAAAAAAAGCAACAGGAAGCUGUUAUAAAUGAAUUAAAAAAUAAAACACGACUAGUCCAAGAAAAAAAAAUACUCCAACAAGAUGAGGUAUAUAAUGGAGCACUGGAGGAUAUUUUACUUGGUCUAAGAUCAGAACCAUACCGAAGAGCCGACGCUGUUAGACGUAGUCAACGUCGACGUAUCGAUAAUCAUCGACUUUCUCGUACUGCCGAGGAAUUGGAAUUCUAAUUGUAAAUUAUAUUUUUUUGUUUUCUAUUGCUCCAAAGUCACAGACUUGACUCGUUUUAAUCAAAUUCAAAAACAUUAAUUUAACAAAUAAAAUAUGCAUCAAAAUAAUCAACACAAUAUUCUGGUGCUAAGUGUAUUUAUAGGAAGAAUGGAUCUGUUACUAUUAUUAUUACUAUGAUUCUUUUUUUUUUUUUCAUUUAAUUAUGACUGUAUUGAAAAAGACGUGAAUGCACUUGAAUCAUUCCUUUAAAAAAUUAAUAUAAACAAUUGUAUAAUCUGCCAACAGUUUGAUAAUUUGUGGUUUUUAUAAAUUAUCAAAUAAUUAUAAUCAAACUCCGAUCCAAAAUUUUUUACGAUGAAAAUUAUAAUAUCUCUGGAUAGUGCCU